UUAUGAAGGAGUGAAAAUAGGCGACGGGAAGCAGAGUCAGAAACGUAAAUAGAAAAUUGGAGGAAAAAGAACUACGGAUGUUUUCCAAAUGUCUGAAUCGAUAUCUUUAGUUGUUUUACGUCUAGAAAUCGAAACAGGAUAUUCUCUUACCACCGAUUUAAAUUAUAACGCUCCAAAUUUUGAAGUAUUUGGUGAGAAAGACGAAGCAAAGAGCAGUUACGCCAAGGCUGCAUGUAGCUCAAAAAAAGACAUUGCUAGAGAUUUACUAAUUAAAAAGUGCCGCGGAGAAAGAAUAUUUACAGAUCUGACAAUUGAGACUUACCUAAAAGAUAUGAGUAAUCACCCAGAUCAGAACCCUGGAACAGGAAACACCAAUGUAGAGACAAAUCCAAAGAUUCAAGACAUCGGUGCAUUUUCUCGAGAAGGCUCAGUUGCUUCCAAUGUAUCCACAUCAAGCAGUGACAAGAAUUCCUCUAAAGAGGCGUGUUUCCAGCCCAUUGACGAUAGUGAGGAUGGACCGAAUCCAGGUCAGAGGGGACACCGACCCCAUAGCGGCGGGAGACCGAGGGCUACCACCCACGACUCCCCCACAAUACAGUUCUAUUCAGGGAACCCCAUGGUAGAGAGGACCUGUGGAAUUCUUCAUCUGUAUAAGGACAAUAAGAUGACGUCACUGAAGGAUGAGGUCCCCAGAAGUGAGUUGGUCUGUAUGCUAGCUGUCCCUGCCGCUUACACCAUCCAUGAUCUCGUGAAAUUCACCGCCCCCGUGGGUGAGGGUAUCGAGUACAUGCGGAUUAUCCGAGACUCCACCCCCAACCAGUACAUGGUGCUGAUCAAGUUUCGGACCCAGCGACUGGCCGACGAGUUCUUCACCACAUACAACAACGUGUCUUACAACUCGAUCGAGCCGGACAUCUGUCAGCUGAUCUACGUAGCCAGGGUAGAGGUCAUCAAGGACUCAGAGGGUCCUUGUUUACCGGUGGAGGGUCUGACCGAGCUGCCUAACUGCCCGGUGUGUCUCGACAGAAUGGAUGAGUCUGUGGAUGGUACGCCGGUCUUGACGAUUUUGUGCAAUCACACGUUCCACGUCAACUGUCUGGCUAAAUGGGGCGACACCAGCUGUCCAGUUUGUCGUUACUGCCAGACUCCAGAGGAGACGGCGGACCAAAGAUGUAUGACGUGUGGCUCUCAGGAGAGCCUAUGGAUUUGUCUGAUCUGUGGGAACAUAGGCUGUGGAAGAUAUGUAGAGCUGCAUGCAUACAAACAUUUUCAAGAGACACAGCAUACGUAUGCUAUGCAGAUAGGAAACAGCCGAGUGUGGGAUUACGUCGGGGACAACUUUGUUCACCGUCUGGUUCAAAGUAAAGGUGAUGGUAAACUGGUGGCGGUGGAGGACCAGCAAAGCUCCGAGAUGGACGGGAAGGCAGACUCGUUAUCUCUAGAGUAUACCUACCUCCUAACAAGUCAGCUUGAACAACAACGGAAGUACUUUGAACAAAGGAUGACCCAGGUGGAGAAAAGUGCACAAGAAAGGGCUGAUGUAUUGGAUGUGAAAUAUAAAACAGCGACAGAUGAUUUAGAUAGAGUGAAGGUAGAACUGCAGGCUGUGAAUAAAGAAAAACAGGGUCUGGAAAAGAAGUGUUCACAUCUCCACUCACGUCUGGCUUCAGCUCUGAAAGAUCUGCAGGAAGAGAAACAGAUGAACAAGUGUCUGCUGGAAAACCAGCAGGUCUGGCAGAAGAAGGUCACCGUGUUAGAGGGCAAAGUUCACGACCUCACACAGAACAAAGAACAGGAGAUACAGGAGCUGCGUGAACAGCUCCGAGACGUGAUGUUCUUCAUGGAGGCUCAACAGAAACUGUCCGAGACGUCUGAAGUCUCACAGACCGAGCUACAGCAGAGUCAGGUGAUCGUGGGGGGCGGGGCCUCUGGGACAAGCCCCUCCCCCCGCUCAAAGAAGGGCCGCAAAAAGGACCGCUGAGAGAGGCAGGACCUCUACACUGAAAUGUGUUUGUGAAAGAUGUACACUCUUCAAUUAAUAUGUGAAUGAUGCAUUUGCAUGUACAUACACUUAUCAUUACUCGCUGUUUGUUAAUGAUGUACACUUAUCAUUACUCGCUGCUAUAUUACAUGCUGUUCAUGUAUGUGAGUAACAAACACUUGGACACUCUUUGCCCGAUACCUCUCCACAAUCCAGAGAUCUACAGAUUAACAGGGAUUAUCCAGGAUGUCUCCCUUGUCACACUAAGCUGUGCUUUCUGAUUAUUUAAUCUUUAUGUUGUAUGUAUUGUUGAUGUCAAGUCAUUACUACACAGAAAUGCAGGACAAGGAGCCACUAGAAGCUACUACAUGUAGUUGCCUUGUUCUUAUUUUCAUAUUUUAACUGUAAGCUUUCAGCUGUUUUUAGUUCACUUAUAUUGAUGUGAAUAUCUUUUUUCACACACAAUUCAGAAUAUCGGUCAUGUUUGAAAUGGGAAAUUAAUUGAUGUUGUACAAGGUUGCAAGCAAAAACAUACAGUUGUACAAUUUGUUUUGGUCAAAGAUGAUAGUAAUGUUAAAAUCUCAUUCCAGAUGCUUUUUAUACCAACAUCUUUAUGGGGAGAUUUGUACAUAUGUACAUGAUGUAUAUUGGCUGGAUGUUUAUAAACCUACAUGGUAUGUGUUGUGAUAUGUUGAAGCUGCUUCACUGCUUAAGGAAACAGAAACAAACAGAAACUGCCAAAUAAAGUCUGUGAUUCACGUUU